GAAAACACAAGGCAAGUAAUGAAAAAUUAAAAGAAGAGAGAAACAGAAGUAUAAAAUUUAGAACCGGUUCUCUUUGUGGAAUAGUUUCAGAUAAAGUGUCCAAGAGCAAUCUGUAAACAAAGUCUUUGUAGCCUCUUUUCAAAUGUUAUGUUGCUAUAAUGGCUGGAUUAAGGUUCUCCAUAUUGAAAUCACUUUGUAUCAGUCUCUCUCCGAAACCGCAAGCAUUUCGAUCAGCUAACUGCUAUGUGAAAUCCGUAAACUGCCCUGAUGGAAUACAUUUAAGGUCAUUAUAUGCAUACGUAAAUCGCAAUUACAAAGUGAAAGAAACAAAACCCUUUGUCAAUGUUGGAAAUACUAGUGCAAAAGUAUUGGGUUCAGAGUCUCCUAUUGUGAUCAGAUGUUAUACAACCAGACCCAAUUAUUUGUUUUCACCAACAUCAUCAAACUCUCUGUUUAGGAGAGCUAUUCCUCUUGUAUCCGUGAACCCGCUUUCAAACAAUUGCUCAUAUUCAUCAUCUUCGGGUGGCAAUGCCGGUAAAAGUGCGGACUCAGUCACAGCAUCAUUUGGUGCGAGUGGAGUAAAUGUUUCUGAUAGUGGUGGUGAAAAUGAUUGGCCUGAAAAGAUUAAGGAUCUUUGGCAAAGUGCAGUAGAUGCAGCGACUCACACAGGGCAGAAAGCUAAGGAAGCUUCAGCUGAACUGUCUCCUCAUGUCGAACAGUUUUUGGAUUCACACCCGUAUAUUAAAAAUGUUGUCGUUCCAGUUAGUGUUACGUUUACUGGUACUGUAUUGGCUUGGUUUGUGAUGCCUAGGGUGUUGAGGAGAUUUCACAAGUAUGCAUCACAAGGUCAAGCUGCUUUAUUAUCUGGAAGCAUGGCUGGAGAAGAAGUGCCAUAUGAGAAAAGCUUUUGGGGUGCUUUAGAGGAUCCAUUGAGAUAUCUAAUUACCUUCAUGGCAUUUACACAAAUUGGCACGAUGGUGGCACCAACUACUAUUGCAUCUCAGUAUCUUUCGCAAGCAUGGACGGGUGCUGUCAUACUUUCAUUUGUUUGGUUCCUGCAUCGCUGGAAAACAAAUGUGUUUUCUCGUGCAUUGCUUGGUUCUAGUGUGGCAGGCCUUGAUCGCGAGAAGUUGCUAGCUCUUGAUAAAAUUUCAUCGGUUGGCCUGAUCGUGAUUGGGAUAAUGGCUUUAGCAGAAGCAUGUGGAGUGGCUGUUCAAUCUAUUCUCACAGUUGGUGGCAUAGGAGGAGUUGCUACUGCUUUUGCUGCUAGAGACAUUCUCGGAAAUGUGCUGAGCGGUUUGUCUAUGCAGUUUUCAAAGCCCUUCUCACUAGGAGAUACAAUAAAAGCAGGAUCUAUAGAAGGUCAGGUGGUGGAAAUGGGUCUUACAACCACUUCAUUACUGAAUGCUGAGAAAUUUCCUGUCAUAGUCCCAAAUUCACUGUUUUCUAGUCAGGUAAUUGUGAACAAGUCACGUGCCGAGUGGCGUGCCAUUAUCACCAAAAUUCCCCUGCAGAUUAAUGAUUUGGACAAGGUUCCCGAGAUAGCAAACGACAUUAACGGCAUGCUAAGAUCACACUCCAAGGUAUUCUUGGGAAAGGAGGCGCCAUACUGUUUCUUGUCUCGAAUUGAAAGUUCGUUCGCAGAAUUGACUCUUGGUUGCAACCUCAAACAUAUGAGAAAAGAAGAGUUGUACUCGAUGGAACAAGAUAUUCUUCUGCGGUCGGUCCAGAUUAUUAAGCAGCAUGGUGCUAUGUUGGGCAGCAGUUUCCAAGAUAUGGCUAGCCAGUAAUAUGGAGGGAUUGCAUGGAGGUUGGAGCAUUUUGUUUCUUGUAUUUGUUUUGAAGUAACUUGUACACUGAAUGUUGACCGCUUGCGGAAAAGCUUUUAAACAGAUAUUAGUCACAACUUGUCUUGAUUUGGUUUUUGUUUCUUUGUUUUUUUCCCCCUCACGAAAUACCUCAUGAUUUGGUUUUUGUUUUUGUGUUGUUUCAUGAGAUGAUUCUCCAAA